AUUAAUAAGGGAAAAACCCUAGCCGCCUCGGGAGAAGAAGAAAGGGAGAGGGGGAAAGCAGCGACAGCUUCCUUCUUUCAUUUGCUGCCAUCACUGCCGCACCUCCUCACCUUCUCCCCGCAACCGGCCGACCUCCUCCAGCGACAGCCUCCGUCGAGCCCCUGUGUCCAGCUUGUCUUCUCCAGGGUCACUUGAGCUCACGCCCCCUUUCUCCUUCCUCUGCGGUUCGGUCUGAGCUUGCACUGUCCGAGCCAACUCGUUGAGCUCCUCAGCAGCGGCUCGUCCUCCCGGUGCCAACCCUGAACUCUCAUCCGCCAUCGUUCCGAAGCUUCGGCGACCCCUCCCCCAACAGGAGCAGCCCCGUCCUCUAGCUCUUCGUGGCGCCCCUAACAUAUAGGUGGCUCCCUGAGGUGGCAAGCCCUUCGUUCAGCCAUCUAGUGGUGUCUUCCUGCCAUCCUUAUUCCUCCCGUGGCUGUCCAGACCCCUCCUAGCCUCUCAGCUCCUGCCCGAGUUCCUCCUCAGUUCCGUUGCAUAAAGUUGGAGCUUCCAGAAAUGAGUUUGUCUGAUCCUAGCCCUCACCUUAUGCCGCCAGCUUCCCAGCAUUUCGGUGAUUCCGCUGCAUAUUGGGCUCAAUUUCCAAUGAGCAAUGAGCAAUUUGAUCCCACUUCUCAAUUUGACUUCGAUCAUCCGCAACCCCCUCUUAAGAGGCCUCGGAAUUUUGAAGAGAGUCCGUCAAAUUCUGCCCCUUACCCGAGACCUAAUCCCCCCAUAAAUAAGGGAGCCACUAAUAUUUUCUUCAAAACCCGAAUGUGUGCAAAAUUCAAAAUGGGCACCUGUAGGAAUGGCGAGAAUUGUAACUUUGCCCAUGGGAUUGAAGACAUGAGGCAGCCUCCCCCCAAUUGGCAGGAACUAGUUGGGGCCCGUGAAGAUGAUCACCGAUCAUCCGAUAAUUGGGACGAUGACCAGAAAAUAAUUCACAAGAUGAAACUGUGCAAGAAGUUCUACAAUGGUGAGGAGUGUCCUUAUGGGGAUCGGUGUAACUUUCUCCACGAGGGUCCCUCGAAGUUCAGGGAUGACUCCGGGAGGUUUAGAGAGACCUCAGCAAUUUGUAUCGGAACCUCAGGGACACCUAUGGGUCAUCGGAAUGGCUCAAAUCAAUCAGAAGUUUGGAGAGCUGCAAGCUCGAGUGUGGAUCCUAGAGUGAAUAUGAAGCCAGUCUAUUGGAAGACAAAGCUUUGUACCAAAUUCGAGGUGACAGGAGAUUGCCCUUUUGGCGAUAAGUGCCACUUUGCUCAUGGAAUAGCAGCAGAGCUUCAAUCCUUUGUUGGACGAGUUGAAGAUGAACAAAUGAAUAUAGCACCAAUUGCAGUGAAGUCUCAACCGAUAUUCUCCAGUGAUCCAUCUUCCAUUGGGACCAGUGUUGUUGCUCCCGCAGCUGGUGAAGGCCAGGCAAAGAAAAGCCUGCUGAAAUGGAAGGGGAACAAGAAAAUCAACCAAAUCUAUGCCGAUUGGCUCAGUGACUCCCCCCUCCUCCAGAACACCCCCAGCAAACCCGAGAGUUGAUCUGGUUUUGAUGAAAUGGCAGCUCUACGGGCCAAAGUUUGCAAUUUUGGGAACAUUGUUAAGUACAUUUUAUUCUUGUGGUUUGGUAUUGGGUUUUUGGGUGCCGUUUAUUUUGGUUGAAUAGGUUUCCCCUUUCCAUUUCCUUGCAAUCUAUUCUUUCCAAUAGGGAUUGUUUUCCCGCUUCUGCAUUCUUGUUGAGAAACAGCUCUUAAACAAUCGGUCGAGGCAUCUGUCGAAUGGUUUUGAUUCAUUCAGAAUAAGAAAUAUUCGUUAUUCGUUGCCAAA